AUGAUGGAGAUAACUGCUGCCCAUCGGAUUCUAUUUAUGCUUUUUCUCCAGGCUUACCCGCUCAACUCUUUAGCCAAGAAGCAGCCGACAGUGCUGGUGAUCUGCGGACCAGAGCAAAACGGCUCCAUCGGGCUAGUGUGUGCAAGACACCUGCGCAUUUUUGAAUAUGAGCCCACCAUCUACCACCCAAAGCGUUCCUCUCACAGUCUGCACCAAGACUUCACAGUUCAAUGCGAGAAGAUGGACAUCCCUUUCCUCUCCUACCUCCCCACAGAGGUCCAGCUGAUAAAUGACGCCUACAACCUGGUGAUUGACGCCAUGCUGGGCCCCCAGGAUGACUCCAUCGACAUUAGGGAGCCCUACUCUGGGAUUCUGGUCACCCUCAAGCAGGUUAAGAUCCCUAUAGCCAGUGUGGACAUGCCCUCGGGUUGGGACGUUGAGGAGGCAAGUCAGGAUGGGAUAAGCCCAGAAGUGCUUAUCUCGCUGACAGCACCCAAGAAGUGCGCCGUGAGUUUUUCAGGGAAGCAUUUCUUGGCCGGUCGCUUCCUGCCUUACGACAUCCAGAAAAAGUACGACCUCAACCUUCCCGAGUACCCGGGCACAGACUCUCUCAUCGAACUGUAAUGCAUAGGGAAGCAUUUUGGGGGAGAAAGUCCAGCUAGUUCAUUCUCAUUGUUUUGCAUCUUUACAGAUGAGAAUGUUGUUUGUGUGUUUGGGGCAUGAAGCCACAUUUGCUGUUCAGGGACAGGAGGGGGAUUUGCAGUAGAACAUUGUUACCUGACGUCUUUUUAGGGGGUGUUUCUGUGUCCGUCUCCGCAUAACAACUGUAGCAAUAUACUUUAUGUUUGAUACUGAAGUGGGCUAUUGUUCUUUGUUUGUUUGAAAUAUAUUGAUUGAUAUAUUGGCAUUAUUUCUGUUUCUCUUAUUUUGCUUUUACAAGAAAAAAAUGUUGUCGAAUAAUAAAAUAUCAACUUUAAAGUUGGCCAAGGCCCGUUUAAAUAUUUGAAUACUGUAUUGAACUGAU